AUGAGCUACCUUCUGGCGAUGAUGGCCAGCAAUCAUGCUCUGCAGUUCAUUCUAUAUCCCACUCAGGUGCUUGCAAAAUCUUGCAAACCGAUACCGAUUUUGAUUUUCGGUGUUCUCUUCGCCGCCAAGAAAUACCAUUGGAAAAAAUACGUAUUCGUAUUGAUGAUUGUAAUCGGCGUAGCAAUAUUUCUUUAUAAAGAUAAGGCUGACACUUCACAUGGACGGUCCGUGUUUUCGUUUGGCAUAGGAGAAUUCUUCUUGGUAUUCUCAUUGGCGAUGGAUGGCACGACGGGGGCGAUUCAGGACAAUAUUCGACGUCAUUACAAAGCAAAUGCACAUUCAAUGAUGUACAAUAUGAAUCUUUUCUCGUCCAUCUAUCUCCUUUUCGGUCUGUUGACCACUGGUGAAUUAGCGGCGUUCAGUUAUUUCGUCAACGAUUAUCCAUCAGUCAUCACAAACCUUUUGGUGCUUGCAUUCACAAGUGCUUUCGGACAAUAUUUCAUCUUCAAGACAGUCACCGAAUUUGGACCGCUGACGUGUUCGAUCGUAACAACAACAAGAAAGUUGUUCACGAUGCUUGGCUCAGUUCUUCUGUUCGGAAAUGUUCUCUCACAACGCCAAAUUGUUGGUACAGUUAUUGUAUUCACUGGUCUGUUAUUGGACGCUAUCGAAAGCAAGAAGAAACAUCCACCUGUUAAGAGUAGUUAA